UCUGUCAACCCUUGACUGCUUCACGUAGGAUUUUUGUGCAACACUGCCGCGGUGUCCCCCUCCGUUUGUCGAGCGACCACAAUGGCAACGCUAAGGGCUCUCAGGAAACUGUGCCAACACUCACAGCAUCAAGUAUGUAGUCUGCAUACGUCCGCCUCAAGGCAGGAAGCAGUGGUCAUCUCAGGAAAGAAGCUAGCACGGCAAAUCCGAGACGAGGUUAGGGCUGAUGUGGAGAAAUGGGUCUCUUCUGGCAACAGAAGGCCUCACCUAAGCGUGGUUCUUGUUGGAGAUAAUCCUGCUAGUCACUCUUAUGUCCUGAAUAAAACCCGAGCUGCAGCUGAUGUCGGAAUCAUCAGUGAGACCAUCCUAAAGCCUUCAGAUAUCAGUGAAGAGGAACUCUUGGAUUUGAUCGACAAACUCAACACAGAUCACCAUGUGGAUGGCCUGCUGGUCCAGCUCCCUCUACCAGAACACAUUGAUGAGCGUAGAGUCUGUAAUGCCGUUUCCCCAGCCAAGGAUGUGGAUGGCUUCCAUGUGGUGAAUGUUGGUCGCAUGUGCCUGGAUCAGUCCACUAUGCUGCCUGCCACUCCCUGGGGUGUCUGGGAAAUUAUCAAACGUACAGGUAUUCCUACCAUUGGGAAGAAUGUUGUAGUGGCUGGACGCUCCAAGAAUGUAGGCAUGCCUAUUGCCAUGUUACUGCAUACAGAUGGACGCCAUGAGAGGCCUGGAGGUGAUGCCACAGUCACCAUCUCUCACCGUUACACUCCAAAGGAGCAGCUCCGUCAGCACACAAAGCUUGCUGAUAUCAUUGUCGCUGCUGCUGGGAUUCCAAACCUUAUUACUGCAGACAUGAUAAAAGAGGGAGCUGCAGUUAUUGAUGUUGGAAUAAACCGAGUACAGGACCCACUCACUGGCAAGAACAGACUUGUUGGAGAUGUUGAUUUUGAAGGAGUGCGUCAGAAGGCAAGCUUCAUCACGCCAGUGCCUGGAGGUGUGGGACCCAUGACUGUGGCAAUGCUUAUGAAGAACACCAUUAAGGCAGCCAAGAACAUUCUGUUGUAUCCCCCUGAGAGGAUCCGCAUGGUGGCUGCUUCUUAAUGGGCCUUGCUGAAUUACAGCAGCAGUGACACAUUCCACCCCCUAAAUAUUACCCUGCCCCUUCACUUUUGACUCAGAACAACUUGGCAAGCUUCCUUGCAUAUGGAUCGGAAACACGAUAGCUUUAAAGCUCUCUUUCUGCUGACCUUUCCUAGCUCUGACUGGCCACUUCAGACUGUUACAUUUUACUGCUGCAGGUACGUAUUUAACAGGCUUUUCGAGCUUCUUAUUUCUCAUUUGACAUGUAACUUUCAGCAGCAUUUGGGAUUUUUAGGAAAUCUUAAUAUUGUUUAUUUAUUUGUCCAUUAAUAUUUGAACAAGUAAGGGAGUAGUGAGCGGAUGUACCUAACGCAUGUAACUACUGUUGGCAAGCAAUUCAAGCUUGAUGAUUUGAAGUUGGUCUCUUUUAUGCCCUUUUCAACAAUCUAGUAUUGUGUACAAGGUGGAAUAAGGGCUAACACGUUUAACAAACAAGCUUUAAAUUUCAAGUUUCACAAAUGCCUUUUGUAAAAAUAAUUUUGAAAUAAAUAUUUCAAAUAUUCUGUUA